ACUGCUCUCUCUUUUCAAUUUGUCCGCCAUGGAAGCUCACCUCGCUAAGCAAUUUCCCCUUUAUAUCAAUCCUCCUCUUUCUUUCCUUCCCUCUGUUUCCCUCCAAAAACCCACCGACGAAACCCCCAAAAGCGUCAAAAUCGGCACUUUUGGUCCAAUUUCUCCCAAUGUCUUACGAGAUUGUUCCCGCGGAUCCCAUCGAUGUACCGAGCACGAGCUAUUCUGGUCGGAGAAAUUCGCCGGAUCACCCCACCAGUCAGUUCACGAGGUCCCUCACAUUCCGGGAACAUGUUCCUGAGCCCUUCGACAGUGAGAGGUUGCCGGCGACGUUAGCUUCGGAAAUUCAGAGGUUUCUCCGAGUUGCAAACUUGGUUGAGUCUGAAGAACCUCGUAUUGCUUAUCUAUGUCGUUUUCAUGCUUUCGAGAUAGCACACUACAUGGACAGGAAUUCCACGGGAAGAGGAGUUCGGCAGUUCAAGACAUCUCUUCUCCAAAGGCUUGAACAGGACGAAGAGGCUACCAUAAGGAGAAGAAAAGAGAAGAGUGACGUUCGUGAACUGAAACGUGUUUAUCAUGCUUACAAGGAAUACAUUAUCAGACAUGGUGCAGAAUUCAAUUUGGAUAAUAGUCAAAGAGAGAAGCUGAUAAAUGCUCGUCGAAUUGCUUCUGUUUUAUAUGAAGUUCUAAAGACAGUCACUAGUGCAGCCGGUCCUCAGGCCAUUGCAGAAAGAGACAGUAUUCGUGCAAAAUCUGAAUUCUAUGUACCAUAUAACAUUCUUCCCCUUGACAAAGGUGGGAUGCAUCAAGCAAUUAGGCAGCUGCCCGAGAUUAAUGCCGCUGUUGCAAUUGUACAUAACAUUCGUGGUUUGCCUCCACCAGAAGAGUUUGAGAAAAAUCAGCCUUACGCCGAUUUAUUUGUCUUCCUACAGUGUGCAUUUGGGUUCCAGGAAGGAAAUGUUGCCAACCAGAGGGAGCAUCUUAUUCUACUCCUCAGUAACACCAUUAUACGUCAACCUCAGAAGCAAUCUUCAGCCCCAAAGACAGGUGAUGAGGCUGUCGAUGCACUGAUGAAGAAGUUCUUCAAGAACUACACAAACUGGUGCAAAUUUCUCGGGAGAAAGAACAACAUCAGGUUACCGUAUGUGAAAACAGAAGCACUACAAUAUAAAACACUUUACAUAGGACUCUAUCUUCUUAUAUGGGGAGAGGCUGCAAAUCUGAGGUUCAUGCCAGAGUGUUUGUGUUACAUUUUCCACCAUAUGGCAUAUGAACUUCAUGGAAUUUUAACCGGUGCCAUUAGUAUGAUAACUGGGGAAAAGGUCAAACCAGCAUAUGGAAGAGGGCACAAUUGUUUCCUUGACAAAGUAGUUACUCCGAUAUACACUGUUAUAAAAAAGGAAGCUGCCAAGAACAAGAAUGGGACUACAGAUCAUUCUACUUGGAGAAACUAUGAUGAUCUUAAUGAGUACUUCUGGUCUCAAGAAUGCUUUGAAAUAGGUUGGCCAAUGCGUGAUGACCAUGACUUCUUCUGUUUAGAAUCUCCACCAAGAAGCAAACCAGCAAGAUGCCGAGGAAUUUUCAAAUCUCUAAGGAAAACAAAGAAAACAGAUGAGGAAGUUGAGGAUGAUGAAGAGCAAGGGGUUCUUACUGAGGAACAAAAGGAACAAAAGGAGAAAAAGGAAGAAACCUGGCUUGGAAAGACAAAUUUUGUAGAGAUUCGUUCAUUCUGGCAGAUAUUCCGGAGCUUCGACAGAAUGUGGAGUUUCUUUCUUUUGUCACUACAGGCGAUGAUAAUUAUGGCUUGCCACGAUGUGGAUUCUCCUUUUCAAGUGUUUGAUGCUGUUAUAUUUGAAGAUGUUAUGAGCAUUUUCAUUACAUCAGCCAUUAUUAAACUUAUACAAGCAAUUCUUGACAUAAUCUUCACCUGGAAAGCAAGAAAAACCAUGCAAAUCUCCGAAAAGAAGAAACAAAUGGUUAAGCUGGGUUUUGCGGUGGUGUGGACCAUUAUACUUCCAGUGCUUUACGCUCAUUCAAGAAGGAAGUAUAUGUGCUAUUUCACAAAUUACAAAACUUUGCUUGGCGAAUGGUGCUUUUCCCCCUAUAUGGUUGCAGUCACAAUAUACCUGACAGGAAAUGCGAUUGAGUUGGUAUUGUUUUUGGUUCCUGCCAUAAGCAAAUAUAUUGAGAUUUCCAAUCACCGCAUCUGCAAAACUUUGUCUUGGUGGGAACAGCCCAGGAUAUAUGUUGGGCGUGGAAUGCAAGAAACUCAGGUGUCACAGUUCAAGUACACCCUUUUCUGGAUUUUGGUUCUCCUGAGUAAAUUUUUUUUCAGUUAUGCAUUUGAGAUAAAGCCCCUGAUAGAACCUACACGGAUGAUAAUGAAUGUUGGGGUGCGGAAUUAUGAGUGGCAUGAAAUUUUUCCAGAAGUGAAGAGCAAUGCUGCUGCGAUUGUGGCCAUAUGGUCACCAAUCAUAUUGGUCUACUUCAUGGACACACAGAUAUGGUAUUCAGUUUUUUGUACUAUAUUUGGCGGGCUGUAUGGAAUUCUGCAUCACCUUGGGGAGAUUCGGACUCUGGGAAUGUUGAGAGGACGGUUUCACACUUUGCCUUCUGCAUUCAAUAUUACUCUUAUUCCACGUUCACCCAAAGAUGAGAAAAACAGAAAUCAGAGAGGCUUCUUCCCAUUCAACAUUGGCAGGGUCCCCGAGGCCGAGAAGAAUAGUAUGGCGAAGUUUGUCUUGGUCUGGAACCAAAUCAUCAACAGUUUCAGAUCAGAGGAUCUGAUAAGUAACAGGGAGCUGGAUUUGAUGACAAUGCCAAUAUCAUCAGAGCUAUUAUCUGGGAUGGUCCGUUGGCCCAUGUUUCUCCUUGCAAACAAGUUUUCAACAGCUCUGAGCAUUGCAAAAGAUUUUGUUGGGAAGGAUGAGGCUCUUUACAGAAGGAUUAGGAAAGACGAAUACAUGUACUAUGCAGUAAAAGAAUGCUAUGAAUCCUUGAAGUACAUUCUUCAGAUUCUCGUUAUUGGUGAUCUUGAAAAAAAGGUUAUAUCUUGCAUAAUAAAUGAAAUAGAGGAAAGCAUCAGACAAUCAAGUUUGCUUGAGGAUUUUAAAAUGAGUGAGCUCCCAGCGUUGCAUGAAAAAUGUAUUCAGCUGGUUCAACUUCUGGUUGAGGGAAUCGACGACCAACAUGAUAAAGUUGUGAAGGUUCUUCAGGACAUCUUUGAGCUGGUAACAAAUGAUAUGAUGAUACACGGUGACAGAAUUUUGGAUUUGCUAGAUGAUCGCCAAGAAACAGAGGAGGAAGAUUUUUUUAUGAGAAUAAUAGAACCACAGUUGUUUGAAUCCUAUGGAGAAAGGAAAUGCAUUCAUUUUCCUCUGCCAGAUAGUGCUUCUUUGAAUGAACAGCUCCAACGUUUUCUUUUAUUGUUAACUGUCAAAGAUACUGCAAUGGACAUACCAGAGAACUUAGAAGCUCGGAGACGUAUUUGUUUCUUUGCUACUUCACUUUUCAUGGAUAUGCCAGCCGCUCCUAAAGUACGCAAUAUGCUGUCUUUCAGUGUUAUGACUCCACAUUACCAAGAAGAUAUUAACUUUUCAAUGAAGGAGCUGCAUUCUAGCAAGUCUAGUGUGUCAAUCAUCUUUUAUAUGAAGAAAAUAUUUCCAGAUGAGUGGAAAAACUUUCUUGAGCGAAUGGGAUGUGACAACUUGGAUGCAUUAAAAAAUGAGGGUAAAGAAGAAGAGCUUCGGAAAUGGGCGUCUUUUCGUGGACAAACAUUAGGCAGAACGGUUCGUGGUAUGAUGUAUUACCGAGAAGCAUUGAAAUUACAGGCCUUCCUUGACAUGGCAGAUGAUGAAGAUAUUCUUGAAGGAUAUGACGAUGUGGAAAGAAGUAACCGUGCUUUAGCGGGACAACUAGAUGCAUUAGCAGAUAUGAAAUUCACAUAUGUCGUUUCUUGUCAAAUGUUUGGAGCCCAAAAAUCCUCUGGAGAUCCCCAUGCACAAGACAUACUCGACCUGAUGAUAAAGUACCCAGCUCUUCGUGUUGCAUAUGUUGAGGAGAGGGAAGAAAUUGUGUUAAAUAAACCAAAGCCAGAGAAGGUUUACUAUUCUAUAUUGGUUAAAGCUGUCAAUGGUCUUGAUCAGGAAGUAUAUCGUAUCAAACUUCCUGGAACCCCAAACAUUGGAGAGGGGAAGCCUGAAAAUCAAAAUCAUGCAAUAAUUUUCACGCGUGGUGAAGCACUUCAGACUAUUGAUAUGAACCAAGAUAACUAUCUGGAGGAGGCUUUCAAAAUGAGAAAUCUUCUUCAAGAAUUUCUUCGCAAGCGUGGAAGAAAACCUCCGAGAAUUCUUGGGUUAAGGGAACACAUAUUCACUGGCAGUGUUUCUUCUCUAGCGUGGUUCAUGUCAUAUCAAGAGACCAGCUUUGUUACGAUCGGGCAGAGACUUCUUGCUAAUCCUCUGAGGGUACGUUUUCACUACGGGCAUCCUGAUGUCUUCGAUAGGAUAUUUCACAUAACAAGGGGUGGUGUGAGCAAAGCAUCAAAGACCAUUAAUUUAACAGAGGAUGUUUUUGCUGGAUUCAAUACCACCUUACGACGGGGAUGCAUAACGUACCAUGAAUACCUCCAAGUUGGAAAAGGUCGUGAUGUUGGCCUAAACCAGAUUUCAAAGUUUGAAGCCAAGGUAGCCAACGGAAACAGCGAGCAAACAUUAAGCCGUGACAUUUACCGUUUAGGACAACGGUUUGAUUUCUUCAGAAUGCUGUCCUGCUAUUUCACAACAAUUGGGUUUUACUUCAGUAGCAUGAUUUCAGUGCUGGGGAUAUAUAUUUAUCUAUAUGGGCAACUAUACCUCGUUCUCAGCGGGCUGCAGAAAACACUUAUCCUCGAAGCCAAAGUGAAAAACAUAAAAUCAUUGGAAACAGCCCUUGCUUCCCAGUCAUUUAUCCAGUUAGGUCUUUUGACCGGCUUACCGAUGGUGAUGGAGAUUGCAUUGGAGAAAGGAUUUCUCACAGCCCUUCAAGACUUCAUCCUCAUGCAACUUCAGCUUGCUGCAUUCUUCUUCACUUUCUCCCUAGGAACAAAAACACAUUACUAUGGCAGAACUAUUCUACAUGGAGGUGCCAAAUACAGACCAACUGGGCGUAAGGUCGUGGUGUUUCAUGCCAGCUUCAGCGAAAACUACAGAUUAUAUUCCCGAAGCCAUUUCGUCAAAGGGUUCGAGCUCAUCAUUCUUCUGAUUGUCUAUGAGUUGUUCAAGCGUACUUCUCAAAGCAACAUGGCUUUCGCUUUGAUCACCUACUCGGUGUGGUUCAUGUCUCUCACUUGGCUAUGCGCCCCGUUUCUUUUCAACCCUUCUGGAUUUUCCUGGGAGAGAAUAGUCGAUGACUGGAAAGAUUGGAACAAGUGGAUUAAAGAGCAAGGCGGGAUAGGAAUUCAACAAGACAAGAGUUGGCAAUCGUGGUGGAAUGAUGAGCAAGCCCAUCUCCGGGGCUCUGGUUUAGGGGCUCGCUUGUUGGAGAUAUUUCUGUCUCUCAGGUUCUUCUUAUACCAAUAUGGUUUGGUUUAUCACCUUGACAUCACCCAAAGCAACACCAAUAUCAUAGUCUAUGCACUUUCCUGGGUCGUGAUCAUUGCCACAUUUCUCACUGUCAAGGCCGUGGCGCUCGGGAGGCAACUCUUCAGCACAAGAAAACAUCUUGUUUUCCGGUUCUUCAAAGUGUUUAUUUUCCUGAGUAUUCUAGCCAUCAUAAUUACACUAUCCAGAAUCUGUCACCUUUCUCUGAAAGACCUUGUUGUCUGCUGCUUAGCCUUCUUGCCCACUGGUUGGGGCUUGAUUCUGAUCGCACAAGCGGUUAGGCCAAAGAUAGAGGACACUGGCUUGUGGGAGUUCACUCGGGUUCUCGCCCGGGCAUACGAUUAUGGAAUGGGGGUUGUUCUGUUUGCUCCAGUGGCUAUUCUUGCAUGGCUUCCUAUCAUUUCCGCUUUCCAGACACGGUUUCUCUUCAACGAAGCAUUCAACAGAAGACUGCAAAUUCAACCGAUUCUUGAAAGGAAGAAGAAGAAUAGAUGAAGUCACUGUUCUUUCUUCUUUCUGCUACGUUUUUUGCUUGUACAGUAGUGACUACUUCAUUUGCCUUUGCUCUGUACAAAAAGCCGAUUCAUAGAAACUCUGAUUUCAUAAUAACAAGCAUUAAAAUUUAAAUC